AUGUCUGACUCCUGCAUUAAAGACAACUGGGUGGACCGCCACAUAUACCCAGUGGCGUACUCCCUCUUCUUCAUCGUAGGCUUCCCCGGCUAACUGCCAGUCUCUGUAGGUGGCCUGGCUGCUAAUGAGGAAAGGCAACAACUUGGCCGUGUACCUGGUCAACCUGUCAAUCUCAGACCUCCUCUUCACUAUCUCCAUGCUGGUGUGGAUGGAGCUGGCCCUGGGUCGGCCCGUAGGGGACACCCUCUGUAGUAGGUUGUCUGUGGUGAUGUACAACAGUUUCUACAUCGGGUCUGGUCUCCUCUGCUGCAUCUCAGUGGAUCUCUAUCUGGCCGUGGUCUACCCUCUUUACUGGGUCCGGCAGGUGCUUACUGCAGUGGCAGUGAGUGCUGUAUUGUGGUGUGUAAAACUGUCUAUCCACAUCUACCUUCUUCACCACACGGGGGCGCUGCAGGGCUUCUCCCCCAGACGGUUGUGUAAGGAGGCCCACGUGGCUCUGACCCGGGUAGCUCUAGGGUUCCUGGUGUCACUCCUUCAUCAUGACCUUCUGCUUCCACCAGAUCGUGUUGGCGCUCCGGGGCAGUGCCUCCAUACUGGCUUGGGAGAGGAGGAAUGUCAACCUCCUGCUGCUGCUCCUCCCGGUGACAUAUGUGGUGGUCUUCACCCCUUUCCAGGCCGUCAUGUUCCUCAGAGGGGUGCUGGAGCCAAGGGACUGA